AUGGAGAACGCGUUCGCAGGGGCCAACUUUCCGGCACACCUUAAAUCUCUCGUUCAAGCGAAUCUAGCCCCUUGGCCUUCUUCUCUCCCAGCCAUAUCCAAACUCCUUACUGAAGAACAUGCCCGCCUCGCAUCCCUUGCUCCCCAGUUGGCUGCAGCAAGGGCCAAGCUUGCCUCCCUGGAAGCCGAAGAAGCUCAGACGCUCGAGUUAGUGCGGAUGCUGGAGGCCGUUAGUGCACCCAUGCGACGCCUGCCCCCGGAACUUCUUGUUCGCAUCUUUGAACAAAGUGUGGCAAUCGAAGCCGAGGGAAACGAUGCAUUCAGGAUCAACGCCAAGCGAGCCAAUGCACGCAUCAGAGGUGCAAAGCAAGACAUUGCAGAUGAUGAGCCUCUCGAUCCGGCACCUCACCCAUCGCGUGCGCCGUUGCUCCUAACGCGAGUUUGCGCUUCGUGGCGCGACCUCGCACUAUCGUCACCACGCCUGUGGAUCCACCUCCGCCUCGACCUCGCCAUUCCCUCUAGUAGUUCUUCGCCAUCAUCAUCUCCCGUUCCGCCACCAUACAAUAAUGUUGGUCCAAUUCAUCGCCCUCCGUCUCCCGUCUCGGGAUUAUCCACUAUAAUGCAUCUUCUCAGCAUGUAUACUAUGCGAGCGUCACCACUCCCAAUGCACCUCACGAUCACUACUCCGGAGCCUUCGGGGCCAUGCGCCGGUCCUCCACCUUCAACUGCAAGCUUGUCACCUGCUAUCCUAGCUCACCUUGACGGAACACUCGCAUCUAUCGCUCCUCGACUCGUCGAGCUCCGCAUGCAUCUUCCACCUGCCGUUAUGGCUGCGCUCAGCAGUUGGACGAACUGCAUGCUCGGGGAAAUGCGACGGGUCGAAGUACGUGAUAGCUGCGUCAUGCCAACGCAGGAGGUAGUUCCGCCGCUCAUGCUCGCUGCGCCUGAUGUCUUCGACGAUGAACCCGAUAGUGGACCCCUACAAGGAUUCGCGGAGAUGAGGAGACGGAGCGAUAUGUUAGCUAGGGCUGCACCCAAGCUUCGGGAGGUAGAUCUCACGUGGUCAGAGCUUGACGCUGCUCAAUGCUCACUCCCGUGGACUUCGCUCACGCGACUGUCGCUCGGCUACUCUGCGAGUCCCUUCUGGGCACCGGCUCAUGGCGAGCUGAGGGCCGUACUUAGACUCUGCAAAAACCUCGAGGAGCUCAGAGUUGGUAUAGGCAGCGUCAAAGGAGUGGCGGAUGAAAGAGACACCUUCGAGUUCUCGGAUGACGAUGAAGAUGGCGACAACGCCACACGAUCUAUGCGAAUCACCCUCCAUCACCUCUCGACCCUUGAGGUCCGCCUAUAUGCCCAUACGCCAUACCUGGCUGCGUUACUUGGAUGUUUGCGCAUGCCCGCUCUCCGUUCGUUCGCCAUCCAGGACGUUAGCAUGUCUCCGGGGCCUUACUAUGUCACCUCAUCCGCCACCGCUGCUCAAGUCGACGACGCCAACGCCGAAGUCAGCUCCAGAUUCACAGGCGCAGACGCUGAGCCUGCCCCGCUCAUCCUCUCAUCCCAUCCCGAGUCUCGGGCGCUGGCUUAUCUCGCCCGCAACGCCCGGACGCUCUCAUUUAUCACACUCGACCGGUUGGAUGUGCCCGAGGCCGACCUCGUUGUGCUCCUCGCGGCGUUGCCCGAGAUCAGAGAGCUCAAACUUCUCGCCGGCGUUGUGAGGGGAGUCGGCGCCGUCAUCCGUGCUCUGGCUGGGAAAACGGAAGAUGCGGAGAGUAGUAUUUCGUCCGAGUCGUGCGACGCGGCGGCUCUGGGAGCCAAGGAAGAUGCCGAGGUAAAGGCUGAAACAGGUGCGGGAAGAACUCUGGUCUGUCCAAAGUUGGAAAGCCUCGCGCUCCGGUGUGGACCGGUGGCAAGCGAUGACCUCGUGGAUGCCGUGCUUUCGCGACUCGCGUUGUCUGGGGGUGGAUUCGCAUUGAAGCAAUUCUGGCUGCAGCUCUCAAGUAUCAAUCAUGGACCCGAUAUACGGGAGGAGAAGCUUGCGGAGCUACAAUCGCGCCUUGACGCUGCGAAGCAGCAAGGCGUACGGAUUUGUAUGGGGAUGUGA